AUGGGGAAAAACACAUAUUUAGCACAUGAUAAGAUCGCUCAGAUCAUCGCAUUGAAAGAAUCUGGGCUGCAAACAAAGGAUAUAGUUGCACAACUUGGUGUGAGUGAGCGUUCUGUACGCCGUUGGGUUGCCAGAUUCAACCAGCAGGCCAGCCGGGACACACCAACCCAUGAAAGAAGGCCAGGGCCUAGUAGAAACACCAGUGAUUGUUGCAGGAACAUAGUGAAGCGUGUCUUAGAAUCUAACCCUCGUAUCUCAGCCAGAAAAAUUAAGGAAGAAAACCCUAGGUUGCUGGGAGACGUCUCUGUGCGUAUGGCGUCCCGCCUCAUAGCCGAGCUGGGCUACAGCAACCAUCGCACAUUGAAGAAGCCCCUCCUCAUCCGUACGCACAAAGUGAAUAGGGUUCAGUUUGCCAGGAAAUACAGAGCGUGGGAUGAGAAGUGGCUGACUGCAUUUGAAGACACUGAGGCUAUUGUCUUCCAGCAAGAUGGGGCCAAGCCUCAUACAGCCAAAUCAGUAACCCAUGGGCUUCGUGAUUGUGAGGUGCAGUUUAUUGAUGAUUGGCCGGGUAACAGCCCGGACCUUAACCCCAUAGAAAACCUGUGGCAGAUCAUGAAAAGAGAUCUGCAGGGGAAGGACGAGUCGUCUGUUCCUAAGCUCAAGAGGGAGAUUCGUGCCUCAUGGGAUUGGUGUUCUACUCCCUCAUACUCCUGCAUGAGAAUACCUCCAAUACCAGCUGGGUUUGCAUGA